AUGUCUAACAUGGUAUCAAAGGCUACGGUUGACUUCGUAGUCGAUCAGAUUUCAAACAAUGCCACAACUUUUCUGUCAAUGUACACUUCAGAUCAAGACACUUCAGAUUCUUACUAUAGUGGGUUAGUACCAAAUUUGGGUUAUAAUGUUGCAAUGAUAGUAAUAUGGGGUAUCCUUCUGGGGAUACAUGUUUUAUUUCUAUAUUACAAGCAAUAUUGGUUCGCGGUUACAUUGAUUUGUACUGGUAUUUUGGAAGUAUUGGGUUACAUAGGUAGAACAUGGUCACAUUAUAAUGUCUAUGCUAUGAAUGGUUAUCUAUUACAAAUGGUGUCGUUAACUAUAGCACCUAUCUUCUUAAUGGCUGGUAUGUAUUAUCAAUUAGCUAAAUUAAUUGAAGUAUAUUCACACAGAUAUUCGUUGUUACCUUCACCGAUGGCAUAUUCUCAAUUAUUUAUUGUCAGUGAUAUAGUGUCAUUGGUAGUUCAAGCUGCUGGUGGUGGUAUUUCAGGUGAAGCGGUUGAUAACUUCGAACCAUUAGAUAAAGGUGAACAUGUAUUUGUAGCAGGGUUAGCUUUACAAGUUGCUAGUAUGUCAAUUUUCAUAUUUUUAUGGUUACAUUUUGUAUUUGUCGUGUUUUAUAAGCCAAGGAUGGACUUUUUAAAUAUUAAAAAUCCAUUUUUAAUAGGUAAAAUAUGGAAAGUUAAACAAGUUGAUAUUGAUCCCAUCUACAGAGAGAAAUAUCACUUCUUGAGGAAUUCUGAUAAGAAAUGGAAUAAGUUCACAUUAUCAUAUUUCUGUUGGGCAUUUACAGUUGCCACAUGUUGUAUAUUUGCACGUUGUGCCUACCGUUUAGCAGAAUUGGUAGAUGGUUUCCAAGGGUAUAUUAUUACACAUGAGGAUUAUUUCAUUGUUCUUGAUGGUGUUAUGAUUGCAUUUGCUACAGUUAUAAUGACGGUUUUCUAUCCAGGGUUUGCAUUUGAUGGUAGAAAUGUCAGUAUACCAAUUACUAAAGGACGUGUUGAUCCUGAAACGGUAGCUCAAGAUGAUGUUGAAUCGGGUAGAUUUGUUGAAUUAACCAAUUCAUCAAAUGAUGGCACAAUAGAGGAAAAGGAAGAUACAUCUUCUUUAUUUGCAUCAAACAAGGAAUCAGACCAACCUGCAAAAAAGGGUUUUAAGAAACUACUGAAAUUUCAGUUCAAGAAAUGA